GUUUUAUGAAUGUUUUUCGACAGACGUAUGCGUACCGUCGCUAUGUCGACAACAACACAACACAUGGGUCUCGCCUGGUUUCUAGAGGGCUGGAUGAGCUGUGGGAGUUAGACGCUGCACACGAUGACCACGGAGUCGGCCCGCCUGGAGAGCCUGUGCGUGCUGCACCAGAGCGACGACUACAUCGUGGUGGACAAGCACUGGGACAUCCGCAUCGACAGCAAGAUGUGGUACGAGAAACACACCGUGCAGGCGCAACUCGGGCACCGCUUCCCCGAGCUGUCGGACCCCAGCACCUACUACGGAUUCAGGUUCUGUCAUCAGUUGGAUUUCUCCACGAGCGGGGCGCUUUGCGUCGCCCUCAAUAAGGCCGCCGCCGGCCGAGCUUACCGCUGCUUCAAGGACCGCACCGUCACCAAAGCCUACCUCGCCCUGGUUCGUGGCUGCGUGGAAGAAGAGACACAAACCCUGGACUUCUCCAUCGGCAAGAACUCCUCCGAGGGAAAAACACACAUGAUGUGUAUCGAGGGAACAGAAGGUUGUGAGAACCCGAAGCCUUGUCAGACGGAGCUGUCGGUGUUGGAGUACGGAUCCUAUGACGGAGACCCCGUCACCAAAGUGCUGCUGCAGCCACUCACUGGCCGAACACACCAGUUAAGGGUCCACUGCAGCGCGAUAGGCCACCCCAUCGUUGGAGACUUCACCUACAGCUCGGGAGCGGACGACGCCCCCUACCGCAUGAUGCUGCACGCGCACCUCCUCCACAUUCCCCUGGAGCCCGAGCCCCUGCUCGUCUCCGCCGGAGACCCCUUCCUCCCCGCGGCGGACCCCAAGUGGCUCCCGGGGCGCUCAUUGCAGACUCUGGCGGCCACCGUGGAGGCGCUGCUGGAGCGCAGGCUGGAGGAGGACAGGAAGAUCAAGGAGGAGAAGAAAGAGAGGACGAGGCGGGAGGAGGAGAGGAGGAAAGGACGCAGGGAUAAGAGGACUGAGGGAGAGAGUGAGGAGCAGAGGAGGCAGUGUCAGGAGUGGCUGAGCGAAUGGGCUGGGGACUGAUUUAUUAUUAUGUUUUUAUUUUUUAUUUUAGCUUGUUUGCCAAUGAUAGUCUCGAUGAGUGUGCAAGCUCCAUUUUACUGACCCCCCCCCCCCCCCCGUUGCAUUUAAACGACAUCCACGGAAGUAAACAUGAUCAAAAUGAGUUAAGAAGAGAUGUGUGGGAGCUUGGAUGUUCGCUGCUGCUUUCUUUCACAAUUAACAGCCAGGAACUGCCUACUAAAAAAAAACUGUCUUGAACAGAUUCACUGAGAAGUUCCACCACUGUAGGAGAGAAAUAAGUGCCUUGCUCAAGUUCAAGGGAGGGCUUGGGUUGAUACCAUUUUUUGCUUUCUUCUUGUAUACGGUCACCCUUGAAAAGUGUAAGCAUUUUGAAUUUCGGGAGCGUGAGGAGCAACAAUUGUUUGUUUUUUCUUCCAAAUGCUCAUAAUGCUCUGUGUUGUCACAUUAUCUGCAUGGCUGCAACAUGCAUAUAAUCUCAUUUAAAAACAUUCAGUUAUAUAUUGUUUUAAACAACAAAUGUCUACCAAUCAAUCUUGGUAAAUGUAAAAAGCUAAAUAAAUGGUCGAGCAGGAA